AUGACCUCAACGCCAGGACAGAAGCCAAGUGAACCUAGCCCCCUAGGCCAAACUCGACCAUGGCCUCAGCCCUCAAAGGCAGGCAAGGCUUCUUUUUCCAUACCUGGGAAGGACCAAAUUGCGGAGACGGCAUACAAAAUCUGGGGCAGCCUUGACUCAGGCAAGAUCCCCCUCAUUAUCCUCCAUGGUGGUCCCGGGAUUCCUCCCCAGUAUCUGCAGACGAUAUCGCUAGUCUCCAUAGACUACGGUAUUCCCGUCGUCCUCUACGACCAACUCGGCUGCGGCGAUUCUACACACCUUCCAGAGCGCUUACAUGACGACACGUUCUGGACUCCACAGCUUUUCAUGGACGAGCUCGACAACCUGAAGAAUGUGCUCGGUAUCAAAGAAUUUUACCUCUUCGGCCAUAGCUGGGGUGGAAUGCUGGCCGCUGAGUACGCUGUCGCUCAGUCCAAGGGUCUGCAGAAGCUCAUAGUUGCCGACUCGAUCACUAGCAUGGAUCGGUGGAUCAAAGUGAUAACCGAUCUGCGAUCACGGCUCCCGGAGGACGUCCAGGAGACACUUCGAAAGGGCGAGGAAGAGGGCAGGACGGACACCCCGGAGUACGAAGCGGCGGUGAUGGUGUUUUACAAGCGCCAUCUGUGCCGCAUCGACCCGUUCCCUGAGGAGCUCAUGGCGUCGAUGGGCGCCCUGGAGGAAGACAACACGGUGUACGUGAGCAUGUAUGGAACCUCGGAAGUCGCCGUGACGGGGUGCCUGAAGUAUUGGACUAUCGAGAAGCGUCUCCACGAGAUCACGCCAGAGACCGUGCCGGGCGGGAUCUUGCUGUUGAACGGAUACUACGACGAGGCGCAGGAUGAGGCCAUGGAAGGAUUCUUCAGGCUGCCGACGGCUAGGGUGAAGUGGGUGCAAUUUGCGCAGAGCAGCCACAUGCCGCAGCUUGAAGAAACUGAGAAGUACAUCAAGGUCUUGGCCGCCGGCGCGCUCUGGUGCCUAGUCACUGUAGGCCAUUAUUUGUCUCUUCUCUGGGUAUUCGUGAAGCCAUCCGGCAUUCGUCGAUACCUAAAGACCCGCGAUGGCAAGCCGGCAUGGGCCCUUAUUACCGGUGGAAGCGGCGGCAUUGGAAAACAGCUCGCGCAUGAGCUCGCGACCAUCGGCUUCAACGUGGUCUUGCACGGCCGCAGCCAGCAGAAGCUCGACGUCGUCAAGGCGGACCUCGCGCGAUCGCACCCCAAUCGCCAGUUUCGCACCAUCAUCAUCGACGCCUCGGAGGCUUUCGAUGCGGGAGCAACAUGCGGGUCGUGGCUUGCGUCACUUCAAGACAUCAAUCUCACGGUCCUCAUCAACAAUGCUGGCGGGGCCACCGACGCGACGAUCGCUUCUCUCGAGCAACUGAAGACCGAGAAGCUGAUUACAGACAUCAGCGUCAACUCCGUGUUUCCGACCCUCUUGAUACGGCAAGCUAUUCCUCUAUUGAACCAAAGCCCGGCCGGCCUAAUCCUCAACAUCGGCUCCCUCGCAGACCUGGGCAUACCCCUGGGCGGGAGCUACCCCGCCGCCAAGGCGUACCUGUCCAAACUGACAGAAAUGCUCAGCCGUGAGGCCCGGAUAGCAGGGCACAACAUCGAGGUUCUCUGCGUCAAAGUCGGCCAAGUCUGGGGAACCGGCCAGACCGUGACGGAAGCCCAAGAUUUCUUUUCACCGGACGCCUCGACCAUGGCUAAGGCGGUCAUUCGAAGGGUGGGAUGUGGACGUAGCAUCGUCGUGGGCCACUGGAAGCACACGCUGCAGUUCGAGGUCAUGCGGCUCUUCCCUAGUUUCUUGUUGGACUCUAUACUUAUACGCAUUGUGACUGGGUGGGAUAUGGACAAGGAAAAUAAGAAGACGAAAGGAGAGUAA